GGUGUACUUCAGUAAAGACUCACUUCUUCUGCCCAAGCACGAAGGCAGGAAGCCGAUUCCUGGAAAGGCGAAGGGAGAGAGCAGCGCCAGGCGAAACUCGGCCGGACGGAGAUUCCCGCCAAAAUGGUGCCCGGGCGGCGGGCGCUCUCGUGGGCUGCGCUCGCGCUGGUCCUCCUCCUCGUGUGCCUGAGUCCCGGUGUAUCAAGAGGAAAUAAACUUAAGCUGAUGCUCCAAAGACGGGAAGCUCCUGUUCCGGUUAAGGCAGAUGUGUCUGUCAAAGAAGAUAAGGCCAAGGAGUUUUUGAGCAGCUUGAAGCGUCAGAAGCGGCAGCUGUGGGAUAGGAGUCAGCCAGAUGUACAGCAGUGGUACCAGCAAUUUCUCUACUUAGGCUUUGAUGAAGCAAAAUUUGAAGAUGAUGUCUCCUACUGGUCAAACCUAGGCCGUAGUGGCCAUGAAUAUUACGGUGGUUAUUACCAUCACCAUUAUGAUGAAGAUGCACCUAUCGGCCCACGAAACCCGCAUACCUUUAGGCAUGGAGCAAGUGUCAAUUAUGACGAUUAUUAAUCUCAUCUUUCCUUCUCUGGAUUAGAACGCCGGGAAGACGGAUACCGCCCAAAGGUGCCUCUUACGCUUCUUUGAAAUUAACUAGUUUGUUAUAAACAUUUAAAACAAAAAAAGUUAUGGAACGUUUUUAUAUCCACUCAGUAGCAUAACAUGUAUAAACGUUAGCAUUAAAAUUUCUUGAUAAGUAUUCUU